AAUAUGUCUGAAAAAACGGUUCCCGUGUUUGUGUUUUACUGUGUGUGGUAGACACGAGUGGAAUAGCGUUGCGUUGUGAAAUGUAUAUUUUUACAAUUAUGUGCGGAACAAAGGUGCGUAAACGUUCUCCCCGAGGGAAGUAUUUUACCCAUGUACAGUUUCCUGCCUGCCUAAAUUUGUCAUUUAACCAAUGAAAAAAGAGCGUCUUGACAAAAGGCGGGACAAGAAGAAGGCACUGUGAAGAGCAGCCAAUCGGCGCCUUUCUUCUACUGUGACUUCGGCUGCCUAGUUCGGUUGAGAUAAAUCCAUGUGGGUUCGCUGUUGACUUGCUCCCAUAUAAAGUGGAUGAGCUAACUAUCCGCGGUUACUUGUGCCUCUCAAAAUGUCUUCGACUUUCUUCAUCAAGAAAAAAGGCAACCCCAAAUUAGCGCAAAAGGGAAAAAAUACAGCUGUACUCAAACGAAAGGGCGAUGGGGAGCUGGGUGGUAAAAGUAAGCUACGAGCCAAGAAACCCAACUCUAAAUACAACGAAGAGAUUUCCAGCGACUCUGAGACAGAUGGUCCCAUAGAUCCCAGGGACAGACAGUCCGACGAAGACAGUGAGUAUGACGAAACACCACAGGAGAAGAAGCUUAGAUUAGCCAAACUUUACCUGGACCAGCUGAAGGAACAAGAUGACUACAAAGCCGAGAAAGACUCCUUUGAAACUGAUCUGAUUGCUGGAAGACUUCAAGAAGAAGUGCUUGAACAAAAAGGAAAGCUUCAGCGGCUCAUUGCCAAAGAUCUCAUUCCACCGGAUGCGUCAGAGAUUAGGAUGCUAAGAGGACACAAGCUUCCAAUUACCUGUCUGGUCAUUAGCCCUGAUGAAAAGUACAUCUAUUCUGCUGCCAAAGACUGCUCCAUCAUUAAGUGGGAUGUCGAGAGUGGGAAGAAGCUGCACACAGUGCCGGGUGGAAGGAAAGGUACCCAGGACCGACACGUUGGGCACACGGCACAUAUCCUGUGUAUGGCCAUUUCCUCAGAUGGGAAAUACUUGGCCACAGGAGACGUGAACAAACUGAUCAUGAUCUGGGAGGCAGAAACAUGUAAACAUCUCUAUACAUUCACCGGACACAAAGGCCCCGUGUCGGGUCUUUCCUUCAGGAGGGGAACUCAUGACCUGUACAGCGCCUCUCACGACCGCUCGGUGAAGGUGUGGAACGUGGACGAGAACGCAUACGUAGAGACUCUCUUUGGGCAUCAGGACGCCAUCACGGGACUGGACAGCCUGAGCCGCGAGCUGUGUGUCACGGCAGGAGGAAGGGACCGCUCGGUGAGGGUGUGGAAGAUAGCCGAGGAAUCCCAGCUGGUGUUUCACGGCCACGAGGGUUCGAUUGAUUGCAUCCAGCUGAUAAACGAGGAGCACAUGAUAACUGGAGCCGAUGAUGGCUCUGUCUCUCUUUGGAGUGUCAACAAGAAGAGGCCUCUCAGCACAGUGAAAAAGGCUCACGGUUGCCAUGGUGACGCAGGGCUGGAGCAGCCUCAUUGGGUCUCUUCUGUAGCGGCGCUUCAGAACUCUGAUACGGUCGCCUCAGGUGCUUCUUCCGGCUGUUCACACAACUCAACGAUCCAGGUGUGGAAAUGUGGCCAGAAUUACCGCGGGCUGGAGCCUCUAUUCAGUAUACCAGUGUCUGGUUUUGUCAACAGUCUGAAGUUUUCGAGCUCUGGUCAGUUCUUGGUGGCAGGAGUUGGACAGGAGCACAGGUUGGGAAGAUGGUGGAGACUAAAAGAGGCCAAGAAUGGAGUCUAUAUUAUUCCUCUUAAAAGGAAACUUCCCAUUCCAGAGGAAACUAAGAUAGCUGAAUAGUGAACUGUUGGCUUAUAUUUUGUAUAUUAAAGGUUUAUAAACUGCC